AAAAAGGAAAUUGGUUGGUGAAAAACUCCUCUGACAUCUCAACCCUCACCAACCCCAGACCCCAAUCUAUGCUCCUCUAUUGGAUCCCCUUACCAAACCACUCUCUGUCUGUCCUUCUGUCUCUCUUCUUGGUCUUGUGUUCAAAUCCGGCCACAGUCACAGCUUCUUUUGAGAUAGCCCUUAGAUUUUUGCUCCUUCAAAAAGCCUAAAAGCUUCUUUCUUUCUGUUUCUCCUCAUAUCAAACCUCACACAAAUGAGUAGUCAAGGAAAGGUCUUUAAUUUGCCUGAGGUCUCUGAGCACAAUACCCACAAAGAUUGUUGGCUUGUUAUUGAGGGGAAGGUAUAUGAUGUGACGAAAUUCCUGGAGGACCAUCCUGGAGGUGAUGAGGUUUUGCUGGCUGCCACAGGAAAGGAUGCAACUGAUGAUUUUGAUGAUGUUGGACACAGCAGCAGUGCAAGAGCAAUGAUGGAUGAAUUCUAUGUUGGUGAGAUUGAUACAUCAACAAUUCCUUCUAGGAAGGCAUAUACUCCUCCUAAGCAGCCUCAUUACAACCAAGACAAGACACCAGAGUUCAUUAUGAAGCUCCUUCAGUUCAUAGUUCCUCUGCUGAUCUUGGGUUUGGCUUUCGGGAUCCGAUUCUACACCAAAAAGGCUGAAGCAUAAGUGCUCAAACAAUAACAAGGAAUUGAAUUCAAAUUCCAAAAGGAUGAUUCAAAUAAGCUCAUGUUAGUUAAUUCUUCUUGUGUCAAUACUGUGGAUCUUAGGACUUUGAGUUUGUGAUGAAUAUGUGCUUGUUCUCUCUACCAUUCUCUUUUCCUUUGUGAGAUUUCAUGUUGUCAUCUUUCUUCUUCUUCUUCUCUUUAUAUACCAUUCAUAAAAGCCUUAUUGCCUCUUUA